UCCUUCUCCCUCCCACAUAGCUAGCUCUCAGCUCUGUAAGAAGAAUCCAGACAGAGAAAGCAGCUGUCACCCUCUGUGCACUUCUUAUAUGAUCUCCAUCCAAGCGAGGACUCAGGAUCAGACACAGAUACAAAAAAGACUCAAACAGCAUCCAUUGAGAGACAUCACAAACGAAGCCGUGUGUAGAUUAACCCUCCGUCUUGUGAUAAAUCACCCAAAGGAAUCUCACCAAGGAGAGUUCGGCCAGUAGGGGGCGAUGGAGAGUGCAGUAUUAUUCCUCAGUAUAUUGGUCCUUGGAAGAGCAGCUGUCAUUCCAAACGAGUGCAAAAUCACAGAAGUGCUAAAUGACAAGCUGCAGUAUGAAAAGAGGUUAAUGUACAUGAGUGAUUACUUUCCAUUAGAUUACAAGUUCCUGGUGAAACAUGAAGAGGUGCUACGCUGCCAAAACAUCACAAACCUGAGAAACCAAGGGAUUCCCGUUAAGGAGUUACGUUACCUGUGGGGUAUUGUUAACGAGCGUAUCCUGUUUAAAAUGAAGUCGGCACUGCCUGGAAGACAUCCCUCGCUGCAGUACGUCACUGACCUUGCAGCCAUAUUUAAAGAGUUGCUGAAAAUUCGGCAGCAGGUGAGUAAUGAAAUUAUUCUUGGGAUUCUCACGAGGUUGAAAGUACCAAAUGAUGUUGCCGACAGGAAGCCAGUCCGUCCCAAGGCCUUGCUUGAUAACUGCUUCAAAGUCUUACAUGAGCUGCACCGCGAGGAUUGUAGCCUUUCUAAUCCCAGGUCAGAUUUCCUCAACGACACUUCGCACCAAUGUAUAGACAUGUUUGACUGAGAGGAGAAAACCAGAAGCAUUCUGAGUCUCUGGACUGAAUCGUGUUUGUCUGUUUUGUAUGGAUGUAAGUUUAUUAUUAUAUUUUGCAAAUGUCACCCUCCCAUCCUUAGUCCAACCAAGAUGUUUACCAUUAUCAAUGGACAGAAGAGCAAUAAGGAAUUAGCAGCAGUUGGGAUAAUUCGGUAUUGUAUAAUGUUAUAAGCCCCAAGCAGGGCCAUGCUCAUGAGACGUUCACAGUCUGUGUUGCUUCCUGGUGGCUCAUUUUCCAAACUAAUAAAAUCUUUGUUGGUAAAGACAAGAAUCAUGUUAAAAAGA